AUGGCACAGAUCGUCAAUCCAACAGGCGGUCUCGUCGCGAAUAUCGUAGCUUACGAGAAUCCGGAUUUCAAAGAGGAAGAGAUUCGCAAACUGUUCUCAAAAUAUUUCGCAUCGUGCUUCUUGAUGAAGUAUCUACCGGAGCAAAGGAUGCUAAUCUGCUCCCAUCGACCGGAAUGGACCUUGAAAACACAGCGCAAGAAUGUCUGUCAUCUGAUCUGGGAGGAAGUGCUCUUCAUUUGCGUGGCCGGCUGUCGGGUUGAAGAAGAGCUGUCCUCAGAUCGUUUCAGGAAAUGGCUAGCGGAGACCGUCGAGCAUUCGAAAAAUCUUAAAGGAAUCUUCCUACUCGGUUGGCUUGAAGGAUGUGCGGUAGACUUGCAGAGGAAAACUGCAAUCAGACCGAAAGAUGAAGAAGCUGUCAAACCAUUCCUUGACUUAAUUGAAGAUAAUUGUCUCACCAAUCUAUGGAUCCACCGCCAGAACUGUUUCUUGUUAGGCGCGCAAGACUUCCAGGUGCAGGUUCACCACGAAGUAUUCGCCCAACGGAUGGGCGAAGAAUUUAAAAAUGCAUCCUCUUCUGACUGGGCUGAGCAGCGAUGGCAGCGGAAGGCCACCAGCAGGGACCCGCUCGGCGAUGACCUUGCCGCUGAUUUCCGACGCGUCGACCUGCCGGAUGAUGACGCGCAGCUCGAAGGUGUUGGCUUUGAGCUACCUGAUGGUGACUUCACAAACCUUGUUUGGAACGCCGAUGAAUGGGAUGUCAAUGGUGGUGUUAAGAGGAAAGUCUUGGAGGAAGUACUGAACCGGAAAAACGUCAAUUUGGCCGUGAUUCUGAAGACUAUCAAAGAGGGAAGACCAAAUCCGAUUCUGACCAUCCCCGGAUAUCGCGUAAAAUUUGCGAAAGAAAUUCGCACGCUAGAUAAUCCAGAUCUUAACCCGGCUGUGGUUUUGCCCGAUCAAACGCGUAUGUUUGUUGUGUUCCGAGACGAUGGCAACCCCGCACCCACUGUCUACGGUGCCAUCUGCACGAAAGGCACCCGCGUAUGCUGGUUCGAGUACGACAGAGUGUUGUAUAUAUGCAUACAUCGCAGCCACGGGAUGAUUACAACACACAAUGGCGGAUUUCCGGAAUUCUUGGACAAGAUGAUUGCAAAGUCAAGGAAUCCCGUCGAAAAUCUGCGCGGCAUUAUUAUCACCGGGGUUCCGAGCAACCCGAACUAUGACUUUAAUUCGGGUGCUCCGGUCAGGGUUAUAGACCACCAACCGACAGAAAGCGUUGCCAAAAAUUUCAUGAAGAUUUUCAAGGAUUCGAACCGUCGCUUCGACACGGACCAUGUGGUAUUUAGCAAGCCUCCCACUGGGAUAAGGGAGCAGCUUGGAAUGCGCAAUGCUUUUGUGCUGACCCAAACCGAGGGUGCAUCGCCAGGAAGUACAGUUCAACUUGACGGAUAUCCAGGGAUUGGGUAUUCUUACAAAAAACUGGAUCCCGCAGGAAAUAGAAAGGACAUAAUCGGUUUUGAAAUGGUUUUCUUCAAUCUCUCCGCGGAAGCAGUCGCCCACCCAGAAGAUCAAGCUGAC